AUAAGCUCUAAACAGCCAAAUCACUUCGUCUUGUCGCUCAUUUCUUAGAAUGGGGCCCCUCGUACUUCUCUUCUCUUUUUCUCUGCUGCAUUUAUGUGCUACACAAGGGACUCCUGUGUUUGUGCAGACAGGAACAGAUUUACUUCUGAAAGUGAAGGAACCUGUUGUUCUGAAGGAGGCAGAUUUAUUUACAUGGAAGGUCAAUGGCAGUGUUAAUGCUGUGAGACUAGUUCAUGGUGGUAAACCAACCAUUUCCCCAAAUUAUAAAUCUAGAGCAGAAUUGUCUGCACAAACUCACUCUCUACUGUUAAAGAACGUACAAAAGAGGGACAGUGGAGUUUACAGAGCAAGUGUUUCUGCUGACAAAGACAUCACUGUAGCUGAAUACAGCGUCACAGUUCUGGAUCCAGUGUCUGGAGUGAAGCUGACAGUGAAACUCUGCAGCUCAGACUCCACUAAGGUCACAGUGAUCUGCAGCACUGAGGACUCUCUCAUCAACAACACGUUCACAUGUGACACACAAACCUGCUCUCACGAGGGAGGAGAGCGAGCAGAGAUCAUCACACCUGGUGCUUCUCUGGACGUCUACCUGGAGAACGGCUCAGUCAUCUGUAACCAUAGCAACCAGGUCAGCUCUACAAGGGACAUCCAAAAGAUUGAAGAUCUUUGUGUGACGCCCGUCGUAUUGAACGACGGCCCAAAUAAUGUUACACCAUCUGUUGUACCCAUUGUCGUAUUUCUUUUGUUCUUGUUCUUGGCUGUAAUUGGAGGAUUUAUUUAUCAUCGAAGGAGAAAACAAAAUAAAGCAGAGAACAUGGAAAAUAUCGUCUAUGAAGAUCCUCAGGCUGUGAAUACAGACCUCCCUCUGCAGCAGAGACCAACAAAUGAUGCCCCCGCUGGUCCUCCACCCUCCAUCUACUCCUUGUUGGGGCCUCCCAUCGUCUCUGAAGCACCCACUCAGCCCAGAGACAACGCUCAGCCAGAGAGCCUGUAUGCAGAGGUGUAAAAACUUCUAAAGUCCUGAAACAGUUCACUAUGAUGUCUUCAACACACUUCUCUGUGUGGAAUGAUCACUUUAGUUUAGUUUAGUUUAGUAUCAGUGAAGGACUUCUGACUGCGUCUUCUUUUUCUGUACGUCGGUUGUCGACUAGCUACUUGAGUCAUGCAAUGAAGUUAAAAGACCCAACUACAGUCAGAUUGCUGAUUUUAUUAUGAAUUAUAACAACAAGCACCUUCUGACUGGAAUCAUUUGCCAGAUAACCUGUGAACAAUAAACUUUUCUUUUAAAAAAUUAAA